AUGCCGCAGCACGCCGUCGAAGAGGACCUCCAGAAGCAAGCCGAAGACGCCGCCAAGGAGAACAAGGACGAUGACGAGUUCCAAGGCUUUAGCGAUGCCGAGACCCCCGCCGACUCGAAGCCUGCAAAGCUUGCCAAGGGCGCAAAGAAGGUUGCCGGCCUGACCGAGGCCACAAACAUGACCGACGUCGACCCUCGCGAGGAGGCGGCCAAGGCGGCCGAGAAGGGCGACACCGCUGAAGCGAAGCCAAUGAACAAGAAGGACAAGAGGCGGGAGAAGCAGGAGAAGAAGAAGGAGAAGCUGGAACAGAAGAUCAAGGCUCAGCCCGUCAAGAAAGAUGCCGCCCUGGAGAGCAACGUCUUCUCGACUCUCGAAGAGGCCGAAGACGACGCAGAGGACCUCGACAUGUCGGAAUGGAUGGGCCUCAACCUCUCGCCUGCCACCAUUGCCACGAUACGUCGCCUCAAGUUCACCAAGCCGACCACGAUUCAGUCUACCGCCAUUCCCCAUAUCCAAGCUGGACACGAUGUCAUCGGCAAGGCUUCGACAGGUUCCGGAAAGACCCUAGCCUUCGGUAUCCCCAUUGUCGACAAGUGGCUCGAGAAGAAUGGCGAGGAGCAGGAGUCGGCCAUGGAGACGGACGAUGCGCCAGAGGCCAAGGCUCCGCUUGCCCUCAUCAUCUCGCCCACGCGCGAGUUGGCGCACCAGAUCAUGAACCACAUCAAAGACCUCUGUGCCGGUCUGUCCAAGCAGCCUUAUGUGUGCUCCGUCACCGGUGGUCUCUCCGUCUACAAGCAGCAGCGCCAGCUGGCCAAGGCUGAUAUUGUCGUCGGCACACCUGGUCGCUUGUGGGAGGUCUUGAGCACCAACAUGACCGUCAUGGAGUCCUUCAAGAAGAUCCAGUACCUCGUCGUCGAUGAGGCGGAUCGAAUCCUCAGCGAAGGCCAUUUCAAGGAAGCCGAGGAGAUCUUCAAGGCUCUCGACCGCAACGUCACAGAGGAGGACGACGAAGACGAGCAGACGCUGUCACCACGCCAGACGCUCGUCUUCUCAGCCACAUUCCACAAGGGUCUGCAGCAGAAGCUCGCCGGCAAGGGCAAGUUCGGCCUCAUGUCUGAAGAGGAGUCCAUGGAGUAUCUCCUGAAGCGACUCAACUUCCGAGAGGAGAAGCCCGAAUUUGUCGACGUCAACCCCGUGUCGCAAAUGGCCAAGGGCUUGAAGGAAGGCAUGAUUGAGUGUGGCGCCAUGGAAAAGGAUCUCUACCUGUACGCGCUGAUCCUCCUCAACCCGAACCGCCGCUCCCUCGUCUUCACCAACUCCAUCAGUACCGUCCGCCGCCUGACACCCAUGCUGGCGAACCUCAACCUCAACGCCCUGCCCCUCCACUCUCAGAUGCCCCAGAAGGCGCGACUCCGCUCCGUCGAGCGCUUCACCUCCACCAGGCCCGGCACGGCGUCCAUCCUCAUCGCCACCGACGUGGCCGCCCGCGGUCUCGACAUUCCCGGCAUCGACCAGGUCAUCCACUACCACGUGCCCCGCGCCGCCGACAUGUACGUCCACCGCUCCGGCCGUACCGCCCGCGCCGCCACCUCGGGCCUCAGCAUCCUCCUCUGCGCCCCCGAGGAGGUGACGCCGACGCGCCGCCUCGCUGCCAAGGUCCACCACGAGCAGGCCGGCAAGAACAAGUACCUAAUCCGCACCGUCGACGUUGACCGCAAGCUCGCCUCGCGCCUCAAGCCGCGCGUCGACCUCGCCAAGAAGCUCGCCGACGCCGUGCUCGCCAAGGAAAAGGGCGGCAAGGACGACGACUGGGUCAAGAAGGCGGCCGACGAGCUCGGCGUCGAGUACGACUCGGAGGAGCUCGAGAAGAGCGGCCAGUGGGGCGGCCGCGGCAGCCAGCGCAAGAAGAAGCAGGAGGCCGCGCGCGGCGUCAGCAAGGCCGAGAUGGGCGUCAUGAGGGCCCAGCUGCGGGAGCUGCUGUCCAAGAGGGUCAAUGCUGGCGUCAGCGAGCGCUACAUCACCGGUGGCAAGAUUGAUGUCGAGGAGCUGUUGCGGGGCGCCAAGGGCGAUUUCCUCGGUCAUGUGGAUGGGCUUGAUAUUUAG